CCCACGCUGAGGGGCACCGCCGGCAUUUGCUACAAAGGGUUCCUUUCAUUGUUCCGGGACGUUCUCUCUGCGUCAAUUUCCGGGCUACGUUCCAGCGGUUGCCAGGAGGCGCCAGCGCCCUUCAGCUUACUUACUGCAGUACGAUGAAAUAAAACCCGCACCAACACGGCGCCCUCAGCCCGCUGCUAGCACCCGAUGAGUUAGUAUGCAUCCCAUUACCUCCCCUACCUUGCAGUUGCCGCAAAUGUUUUCAAAGGGUGAAUUUAUACCUUGAGGAAUGGACCACGUAAUACGCGUCGCAAAGCCGUCACUUGUGGGACUUUAAAAGGCAGUGGCCUAGAAAUCCUUACGCGCUUAAGAAAUUAAGUGCUUUGCGAGGUUGGUGCUAAUUUUCUGUGCACGGUUCCUGGGAGUAGCAUUCUACCGUGCCAGGUUUGGUUGGGGGAGAAAACGGGAGCACCUGGGGUAACCCAUGUGGUCACAGAGAGGGUGUGCAAACUGCGCACAGACUGCUGCAGACGUCAACACUGUUCAUGGGCCGCUGGGACGGGCCUGGCACCAAGGCCCUUCCUCUGCUAGAUCUGGUAAUGUGAUUAAGAUGAAGUAUAGAAGAUGGAAGACCUAAUAGCAUCAGCGGCAAAGGGAAGGGAAGAGGCUGGUAGGAGUGAACACUCAACAGGACCCACAUGCUAGAACAGACACCUGAAGCUCCCCAUGAAUAUUGGCUCCCAUUAACCAACACUGAAGGAAGCUUCAACCUUUAAGGUCCACUUCAGUACAUUGAAUUCAUCACUGAUGUACAAGAAGCUGAUUGUUUUACCGUGGUUGACAACCAUUUGAAAUGACACCCUUCAAGCUGAAAUUAUUUGGUUUACUGUACUUUGUACAAGGAAUGCCCUAUGGAUUACAGUCUAGUUUAUUACCAAUUUACCUGAGAACAUUUGGACUUUCAUUUACCAAAAUUAGCUUGACCAAAUUGUUGUAUUUUCCAUGGUUACUGAAGAUACUCUGGGCUCCAUUUGUGGAUCAAUAUGGAACAAAAUGGAAAUGGCUGCUGUGUAGCAUGUUUGGACUAUUUUUAUGUUGUUUGAUAAUGUCUAGACUGACCCCAGAUAUGGAUUUCACAGCAAUGGCCUUCAUCUUGCUGCUGAUGAACCUCUUUGCUUCAGUUCAAGAUAUCGCUGUAGAUGGCAUUGCAGUUCGUUUGCUUAGCAGUGAGGACAUUGGCUAUGGCAAUUCCAUCCAAGUUGUGGCUUAUAAGAUGGGCUCUCUUCUUGCAGGAGCAUGGCUUUUGACAGUGAUGGACUAUAUUGGCUGGAAUAUGCUUUUCAUAAUAUUCUGUAUGGCCUAUGCUGUCGCUAUGAUUUUUUCCUAUUUCACACCUGAACCAGAAAAUACUUCUGAAACAAAAAAUGGAUUGCCUGUGCUGAAUCCCUGCAAAAUAUUAGGAGAGAUCCUUAAAGUGCCUGGAACAGUUUGGAAUCUGAUUUAUGUCAUCAUCUACAAAUUAGGAGAACAGGGUGCUGUGAGCAUGUUUCCAAUGUUUUUACUGGAGCAUGGUUUCUCUCCGGCGGAGCUGGGCUUCUGGAAUGGAAUAGUUGCAAUGGGAUUUUCUAUUUUUGGAUCAUGCUUUGGCGGCAUACUAAUGCCUAAAUAUAACGUGUUUUCACUUAUAGUGAUCCUGUUCUUGAUGCGCCUUGGAAACUUGAGUUUACAGACAUUACUAUUACUUUCAUUUUACUAUGAAUCCUUCAUAAUGAAAGGUGCAGCUGUGCUAAGUAUUAUUUUACAGCAUUUUCUCAGUGGAUUGAUAACAACAUUGACAUUUAGUAUCAUGAUGCUGUGCACUCAGAAAGCUGACAAAAGAAUACAGGCAACCCAUUACACAUUUCUGGCAAGUUUUGAAGUCUUGGGGAAACUCACUUUCAGCACCAUAGCUGGUAUACUUGUGGAUAGGAUUGGUUUUCCUUCUAGUUUUUGCAUCUUUCUGUUGCUGUCAUGUUUAGCCUUACUCCAUGUUCUGAACCCGACUGAUAUACUAUCCAAGCAACAUGAACAGUAAUGUAUGUGUGGUUUACAAUAUCAUGGAAACUUGCGAGCUCUACGAAUUGUCCCCCAGAGCAAAUUUAACGUGGCCUUGUGGAAAACACAUCAAUUAUAAAAUCAGUGGGGAAAAUUCUAACCACCUGGCAGCAGUGAGAACAAAGUGGGUGGCAGAUAAAAUAUCUGUGCAAAAGCUCCCACUCAAUUUCAUUUUUUCUGUAAUCUUAAUCAGAUCCCCUUUAUUUGAGGAACUGAGGGUCUCAUUCAUUUAUGCAAGGCAGGCACUCAGUGACAUUUAAGGUAAAGACAUGCACGAAACCAAGUCUGAAACUUUUCUUAACUGAACUGGUUUAACUUCUGGUUCACAGAGUCACCUCUUUCUGUCUAGUUCCCCACCCCACAUUUUAGUGCAAAGCGGGAUAAUGCAAUUCGAUGUCCAACUGAUGACAUCAGACAAAUCUGAUGCCUUUUCUGUUCCCACCCCAACCCCACUCAUUCAGUAAGUCCUCCAGUAAACAUCUCCCACCACCUUCACCCUUGGUGACAAAUAGUAGUCUCACAGUUUAGAGAUGUAAUAAUUAAAAAAUAAGUUUGAAAAGCUAUCAAUUAAGCAAUCUUAACUUUCUAACAACAUACAUUUUAAGUUGAGCCAAGUGUAAACUUGUAAUAUUAUUCUCUACUAGGCUAUGUUGCACAGAAUAUCUGGAAAGCAUUUCAUUUUCCUGGGUUAAAUCUUCCAAUUGAUCACUAGUAUCCAAAGUAAAAUGUUUCAAUAUUUAUUUUAUGUAAUGAAACAAAGGCUUGUUUGUCCAUGUUAUGUGCUCUUUCAUGGAAGGGAGGUGGGUUGUUCAUCAGUACUUUGUGGGUUAAAGUGCCUUGCUCUGGUUAAAUUAAGAAACAAACCUGGUUGUAAAAUCUUUCUAGAAUUGAAUAUCUGCCAGAGCUCAUUACCAUUAAGUGUAAAGUGUCCAGUAACACAUUGGCUACCACCAAGAAACCACUGUCCAGGAAUCAGGCCAAUCGAGAAAAUAUAAACAUGCAGGAAGAUGUUUAAAGAUAUAAUAAAAUAUCUUGCAUAAGUAUGACUGGAAGUUGAUAAAUUAAUACCUGACUUCUUUAUUGUCUAUCUAAACUUGAAUUUUGACUAUAAAUGAAGGUAAAUCUGUGCAUACAUUUUUUAAAAUGCCAUUUUAAAGAUAAUAACAUCACAUGCCUUUUUCAUUUUAACCUGUUGUUUCACUAAAUAGUUGAAUACCAAGAUUUUGGCAAAUGAUGUUUAAAUUAACAAAAUACAUUAAACUACAUCCUAUAUACUACAGUUGGUGGUUGUGGGUGGAAGAGGAGGAGGAUGAAUGUGGAGUAAAUGACUGAAAUGUAUUGGUCCUAAAUUUAGUAAGAGGAUAAGUAAAAGUUGACCUUGUAUUCUGACUGAAAUGUACCUCCAUGUUAAAAAUAAAGUUAAUUAACAUUAUAUUAAGUUAUUAUUCACAUACAGCUGGAACUAGCCAAAUAAUUGCUGCUAUGCACCAUUCUGAUUUGUAUAUUAACUGGUUUCAUGUAAUGUGAGGGUGUACAGAUUGUGAUUUUAAAAAAAACAAAUCACACGUAUGUGUUACACUAAAAUUUUAUCACACUAAUUAUUCAUUUGCAUUUGUUAUCUAUGCAAUGGUUCAUUUUCAAAGCUUCAUUUCACAUAAUGUAUGUUGAUUGUUAGGUUAUCACCCUGCUUUUGUAUUUCCCUGUUGAGUUUUACAAUUUUUCUUCUAAACAAGAUGUUAUCAAAUUAUAAAUGAUUAAAAAAAAUUCUUCCUUA